GCUGCCGGGCCGCUUGAGGCGGGGCCCGCAGAGCGUCUGCGGCUGCGCCGCUCCCCUCCCCCGCUUGCGGACCGCAGGCGCUGGGUCUUUUGUCUGAGCUCUCUUGCCUAGGAGACGGCCGCGGCCGGGUUUCUUCCCGGGCUGGGCUUCUCCCUCUCAGCCCGCCCUGCCAGCGGGGCUCCAGCCUUCUUCCGACCUACCAUCCUGCGAUUUCUUUUCGGCCGGCGCCGCGGCUCCUCCGCGAACCGGAGGAGUCGGCGAAGGGCUGGAGCCAGCACGGGCCCCGGGUCGCCGGCAGCCAGCUGGCGGAGUUUCUCCGCGGCUUCUAGGAGAAGAAGUUACACCCGAGGGAACCGGAUGGGCCUCGGAACCCUGGACCGUUCUUAUUUUGUACCAUUGCAAGGGGAGCCGUAAAUCGACCUUUUUUCACGUGGGUUCCUGCCGAAUACUUUCUAGCCCCCAUUCCCCCAGCCACACAGGAGAGGCUCUCAGUUUAGCCAGCGUUUGGCAGUUGUUAGGUAGGUUGUACUGUAGGGAGGAGUGCAAGGUCAUGACGGUUGUCUCAGGAGAAAGUGGUUGCAUCUUUGCGAAGCCAUGUGCCUGCUGUGGUUUGUGUUUUCUUUUUCUACUGAAGUAAUGAAGUUAUAAAUUCACACUGGCUCAUUUGCAGGGCUGUGGAGAUUCUUUGCACUUUAUUUCAUAGGUUCAGUGUAUCUUUGCCUGCCUACAUCAAUCUGCAAGGGAGUUGCAGAAAAGCCUCAUGUUCAUCGAGCCGUGAGUCACAACCAAUUUCUAAGCUGUUAUAACGAAAAAGUGUUUGCCUUUUUUCACGAGUAACUAUAAAAGUGUAGUUUAGAAAGAGAACAUUUUCAGUAAAAAAGACACAACAUUAAUCCUGGAUGCUUGCAAAUCCUAAAAUAUUUUCCUCCUUUAGUAUUACACAGUUCUGUGUCAUAUACACAGGCUAGGUUUAAACUUUGUCACAACCACUUUGCCUUUACUUUUAUGUAUCAUUACCCUGACUUCCUUACUGCAGGUGUGGGCAAGAAAACUUUCCCUUUAAAACUUUUCAACAGCGGGCAUAAAAUUCUGCAGCUGAGGUCUUGAAGAAUGCAGAUGGGUACAGUAUGUGUUGGAGCUCACAGUGUGUAUUGACUAACCUAGUUUCUUUCUGCCUUUUUAUUUUUUUGUAUUGUGUUGAUAAAAGUGACUCCUAGGUGCCAAUCUCUUUUUUAAGGGUGGGGGCAAGGUGGUGAUAGGAAGGACAGGAAUAGGUUAUUUAACAGGCGGAGUCUGGAAGCCUUCUUCUUCAUGUAAUUUUGGGCAGAACACUGCCUAUGCAAUUGUCCAUUAACAGAAGUUUAGAUUAAUAAAUAGCUUUUGUUGGUAGAAAACACCAGCUGUAAGUCAUAUGUGGUGAUUCAUGGCCCUCUGAUUAGCAAGGAUUUUGGUAUCACAUUCCCCACACGUGUGUGUGGGACUAAUGGCCUUUUAGAGCUUGUCAGCCUUUUACUUCUGACUCCUUGACUUCCUGUUCACAAUGAUGGAGUCAGAUCUCAUUAAAUCUAUUUCUUCAUGAUACACUCAGCAUCAACAAACAUAUGUAUUCUGUUCUACUUGUAAAUAUUUUCAGAUCAGUUUGUCAGUGUAUAUCAGGGGAAAACAAGAAAUUAUAGUCUGCAAAUCCAGGUGAAUUGUUGUACCAGAUACCCUUUUGUGGUUAAUGUGGUAAUAUUGUCUUAUUUAAAACCACACAUGAAUUUCAGGAGACGAAACCAGACAGAGGGUCAAGUUUACAGAUGACCGUGUCUGCAAGAGUCACCUUCUGGACUGCUGCCCCCAUGACAUCCUGGCUGGGACGCGCAUGGAUUUAGGAGAAUGUACCAAAAUCCACGACUUGGCCCUCCGAGCAGAUUAUGAGAUUGCAAGUAAAGAAAGAGACCUGUUUUUUGAGUUGGAUGCGAUGGAUCACCUGGAGUCCUUCAUUGCUGAGUGCGACCGCAGAACAGAGCUCGCCAAGAAGCGGCUGGCAGAGACCCAAGAGGAGAUCAGUGCUGAGGUCUCAGCCAAGGCAGAAAAAGUACAUGAGUUGAACGAAGAAAUAGGAAAACUCCUUGCUAAAGCAGAGCAGCUAGGAGCAGAAGGGAAUGUGGAUGAAUCCCAGAAGAUCCUCACGGAAGUAGAGAAAGUCCGUACAAAGAAGAAAGAAGCUGAGGAAGAAUACAGAAAUUCCAUGCCUGCAUCCAGUUUUCAGCAGCAGAAGCUGCGUGUCUGUGAGGUCUGCUCAGCCUACCUUGGUCUCCAUGACAAUGACCGGCGCCUCGCAGACCACUUUGGGGGCAAGUUACACUUGGGGUUCAUUCAGAUCCGGGAAAAGCUGGACCAGCUGAGGAAAACAGUGACUGAAAAGCAGGAGAAGAGAAACCAGGAUCGCUUGAGGAGGAGAGAGGAGAGAGAGAGAGAGGAGAGGCUGAGCAGACGGUCUGGAUCAAGGACCAGAGAUCGCAGGAGGUCGCGCUCUCGGGACCGGCGUCGGAGGCGGUCAAGAUCUACCUCCCGUGAGCGACGCAAGUCUUCCCGGUCCUGGUCCCGAGACAGACACCGGCGCCACCGGAGCCGUUCCCGGAGCCACAGUCGGGGCCACCGCCGGGCCUCCAGGGAUCGGAGCUCGAAAUACAAGUUCUCCCGAGAGCGAGCAUCGAGAGAGGAGUCCUGGGAGCAAGGGCGGAGUGAGAGGGGCGCUGCAGAGUGGAGGCUCGAGGGCUCCAACGGAAAGGCAGCCUCACGGAGGUCGGAGGAGAAGGAGGCUGGCGAGAUAUGAGCCACCCGGCACGCUGUACAUAAUCUGACGAACGUUCAGCAGCUUGAAGUCACCCUUUAUAUUUGUUGACUACAACUCACCUUUUGUAGUUUAAACUUUAUAUUGUUCUGGAGCUAGCAGUGAGUUUCUAGAGAUGUACAGAGUUGCUCAUUCUAUGUUGGGGGUUAUGUUGAGUAGGAAUAAAUAAACCCGACGGCUGCCUCGUA